AUGUCCGUUGUGAUCGGUUGGACACUGAGGGAGACAUCUAUUACUGCAGUGACGCGAAUCAAUGAGUUCGAACAGAAAACUCCCCAAGAACAGGACCUAGGUCCUGAAGUGAAUCCUCCUGAAGGACCAGGGGUAGGGAGAAUUGAAUUUGAAAACUUGACGGUGCCCUAUGGUCGGGGUGAGGAGAAUGUUGCAUUUAAAAAUGUGAGCUUGGUUAUUGAAGCGGGAACAAAAUUUGGGAUAUGCGGUCGCAUUGGAGGUGGAAAAUCGUCUCUUGUUGUGUCCCUUUUCCGCAUGCUAGAUAUUCGUGAAGGGACAAUAUUCAUUGAUUCAACCAACAUUAACGACUACCCCUUAUCUGCGCUCCGGUCAAGCAUUAAUGCCAUCCCGCAAGACCCUUUCUUUACGGCCAGUACUUUCCGAGAGAAUCUUGACCCUUACAGAGCAUCAUCGGACAUCGCAAUUGAAGAAUCCUUGCGUAAAGUGCAGCUUUGGGAUUAUAUCCAAGGUCAAGGAGGUUUAGGCGGAGACAUGAAGCCAGAGUCAAUCAGUCAAGGACAGAAGCAGUUGUUUUCACUUGCGAGAGCCAUUUUACGACGUUGUAAAAUUGUUAUUCUCGAUGAAGUCACCAGCAAGUACCUCCUCUGGGAUGUUUCGCAACAAUCGUUCAGAGGCUGCACCAUCAUUGCAAUUGCGCACAGGCUGGAAACCAUUGUGGGCUUCGAUCAUGUUGCUGUGAUGGAUGAGGGGAGGAUUAUCGGAUACGAUGAUCCUUGUGCCUUAUUGCAGAUGGGAAUUCAGCAUUUUCUAAGCUGCGAGAAGUUGGUUCGACAGGGCAAUGAAACAGGAUGA